AUGCAACAACAACCAAACUAUCGUGGAUCCUCUGGGGAGCCUCAACAACAUCAUGAUGCUGACGAGGCAGAGCAGAGUCUCUCCACAUCAGAACACCUCAAGAAACACCAGCAGAGACCCACUGGGAAGAAAUCUAUUUGCUGCUCUGACUGUGGGAAAGGUUUCAAAUCUUCAUCAGAACUUGAAACACACCAGCAAGUACACACAGGAGAGAAACCAUACUGCUGCUCUGACUGCGGGAAACGUUUCUCAAGCUCAAAUUCACUAAAAGUACACCUGAGAAUUCACACUGGAGAGAAAUCUCACCAUUGUUUUGAUUGUGGGAAGAGUUACUUAAGAUUAAAAUCACUAAAACUACACAUGAGAAUUCACACUGGAGAGAAACCUUAUAGCUGUGAUCAAUGUGGGAAGAGUUUUACUAUAUCUAGCUAUCUGACUGUACAUCAGAGAACACAUACAGGUGAGAAACCGUAUAGCUGUACUCAAUGUGGGAAGAGUUUUACUCAGUCAAGCAACCUGUUAUCACACCAGAGAAAACACACAGGAGAGAAAUCUUAUAGCUGUAAUCAAUGUGGGAAAAGUUUUACUCAGUCAAGCACCCUGGUAUCACACCAGAGAACACACAGAGGAGAGAAACCUUAUAGCUGUGAUCAAUGUGGGAAGAGUUUCACUACAUCUAGCCAUCGGAUUGUACACCAGAGAACACAUACAGGAAAGAAACCUUAUAGCUGUACUCAAUGUGGGAAGAGUUUUACUCACUUAGGCAGCCUGUUAUCACACCAGAGAAAACACACAGGAGAGAAAUCUUAUAGCUGUAAACAAUGUGGGAAGAGUUUUACUCAGUCAAGCAACCUGGCAUCACACCAGAGAACACACACAGGAGAGAAACCUUAUAGCUGUGAUCAAUGUGGGAAGAGUUUUACUAAAUCAAGCAGUCUUAUUGUACACCAGAGAACACACACAGGAGAGAAACCUCAUAGCUGUGAUCAAUGUGGGAAGAGUUUUGUUACAUCUAGCCGUCUUAUUGUACACCAGAGAACACACACAGGAGAGAAACCUCAUAGCUGUGAUCAAUGUGACAAGAGAUACUCUGAUAAAAGAUCUCUAAUCAAACAUCAUAAAAUACAUACAUGA